GGAACGGCGGCGGUGUCGGCCCCGGGGAGGCGGUAACGGCAGCGGGGGCCGUAGCGGGGCGGGCGGCUCCCCGCCGGGACUCGGGAGCUCCGCUCGGCGGUGAGCGUGCGCUCGGCGGCAGCGUCAGCCCCGGGCUCGCGUGUGCGUGGGGUGUUGAGUGACGUGUCCGGGGAGCGGGGCAGCCGCCGGAGCCCCGGCGGAGCGGAGCGGGCCGGGCCGGGCGGCGGCCGCUGCCUCAGAGCUCUUGGCGGUGGCGGAGGAGGGUUUUUCGGUCUGCUAAAGGCACGGUGGAUACACUAAGAUGGACACAGAGGAAUUCCCUCCCCCACCACCAGAAGUUCUAGACCACGAACCAAAAGCCACGGGUACGAACGAUGAAGAGGAGGAUGAGGGAGAACAGUUUGACUUUGACAGUGGAGAUGAGAUACCAGAAGCAGACAGGCAAGCCCUUGUGCCACCUCCUCCUGAUCCUGGAAAUAACAUAGAGCACCACGAGGCUAAUGCCACAGGGGCUGAUAAUUUAGCAAACAGUGAGAAGCUACGAACAUCAGAACCUGCUGUGGAAGGCACUCCAGCCAAAGUAAAUCCCUACUCGGUCAUAAAUAUUUCACCAAUCCAAGACAAUGAUCCAUCCUCAUCACCAGAGCCAAGUCCUCAAGAAGAAUGUGCAAGUCCAAACUUGUCCGGUGGAUAUUCUGUUCCUGUCCCCUGUGGCUAUGCUGUGCCAUCUAAUUUACCUUUGAUACUACCCGCAUACUCCAGUCCUGUCAUAAUACGCAGUGUUUCUGUAGAUGAAGAAGCAGGUACACAGUCAGCAACUGAAGAAUGCCAUUGUAAUUCUGUAAACUCAGAGGAGCCUCAAAAUAGUGAAGAUAACCAGGCCAAGAGAGAAGAUGAUGCUCUGGCCAAGUGGGUUGCAGAUCCUGCAAAUACAGCAUGGAUGGAAAACCCAGAUGAAGUAAUUUACGAUGAUGUGCCAAGAGAAAAUUCAGACUCUGAACCAGAGGAAAUGAUUUAUGAUGAUGUUGAAAAUGGUGAUGAUGGUGGAAACAGCUCGCUGGAGUAUGGGUGGAGUUCAAGUGAGUUUGAAAGCUAUGAAGAACAGAGUGAUUCUGAGUGUAAAAAUGGAAUUCCCAGCUCCUUUUUGCGAGGCAACCACAAGAGACAUCUUUCUCAUGACCUAACGCGUUUAAAGGAGCAUUAUGAAAAAAAGAUGAAAGAUUUGAUGGCAAACACUGUGGGAGCAGUAGAGAUUCAGCAACUAAAGCAAAAACAUGAGCUGAAGAUGCAAAAGCUUAUGAGAGCUGCUAGAGAAGGUACCAAAGAUGGGCUCGAAAAGACAAAAGCAGCUGUGAAAAAGGGUCGUUCUUUCAUUAGAACAAAAUCUUUUAUUUCUCAAGAUCAUAGAUCUUCAUGUCUGGAAGAAGAAGAGCUAAAUUUAUUUAUUGAUGUGGACUGUAUGCAUACAGAAGCAAUUAUGACUCCUAUGCCUGAAGGAUUAUCACAGCAGCAGGUUGUGAGAAGGUAUAUUUUGAGCUCUGUAGUUGACAGUGAGAAGAAUUAUGUGGAUGCUCUCAAAAGAAUCCUGGAGCAGUAUGAGAAGCCCCUUUCAGAUAUGGAACCAAAAUUAUUGAGUGAAAGAAAACUCAAAAUGGUCUUUUAUCGGAUUAAAGAAAUUCUUCAAUGCCAUUCGAUGUUUCAGAUUGCGCUAGCAAGUCGUGUAUCUGAGUGGGACUCUAUUGAAAUGAUUGGUGAUGUCUUCGUUGCUUCAUUUUCUAAAUCUAUGGUAUUGGAUGCAUACAGUGAAUACGUAAACAACUUCAGCACAGCAGUAGGGAUUCUCAAGAAAACAUGUGCCACCAAACCUGCCUUUUUAGACUUCUUAAAGCAGUGUCAGGAGUCAAGCCCCGAUCGAAUUACACUGUAUGGUUUAAUGAUGAAACCUAUCCAGCGCUUUCCACAGUUCAUUCUACUAUUGCAGGAUAUGUUGAAGAACACUAAUAAAGGACAUCCCGACAGAUUACCUCUACAGAUGGCUCUUACAGAACUCGAAACACUGGCAGAGAAGUUAAAUGAAAGGAAAAGGGACGCAGAUCAGCGCUGUGAAAUAAAACAAAUAGCAAAAGCAAUGAACGAACGUUAUCUGAACAAGCUACUCAGCAGUGGAAACAGAUACCUCAUACGGACCGAUGAUAUGGUUGAGACAGUUUACAAUGACAAAGGAGAAAUUAUCAAAACCAAAGAACGACGACUUUUCAUGUUAAAUGAUGUGCUGAUGUGUGCAACAGUAAAUAUUCGCUCUUCCUAUGAAAGCGGUGGCACCGUGACAACUGGCCAGAGGUAUUUAUUGAAGUGGAGCGUGCCGCUGGGACAAGUGGAAGUCAUAGAGUAUGGCAGCAGCGAGGGCCAAGGAGAGAACUGCAGGUUUCCACCCCAGCACUCUGCUGAAAAUGUCAUCAUUAAUUCUAAGCCAAACAAGCUCUAUAUGGGACCAGGGCAACUGUACCAUGAUCUGCAGAACCUUUUACAUGACUUGAAUGUAGUUGGUCAAAUUAGUCAAUUAAUAUGCAGCCUUAAAGGAAACUAUCAGAACUUAAACCAAUCUGUAGCCCAUGACUGGACUUCAGGUUUACAAAAACUGAUUUUGAAAAAAGAAGAUGAAAUCAGAGCGGCAGAUCGCUGUAGAAUUCAGCUGCAACUCCCAGGAAAACAGGACAAGUCUGGGCGGCCCACUUUCUUUACAGCUGUGUUCAAUACAUUUACCCCUGCUAUCAAACAGUCUUGGAUCAACAAUUUACAAAUGGCUAAACUGGCCCUUGCGGAGGAUAACCUGUUAGGUUGGUUCUGUGUAGAAGAUGAUGGGAAUCAAAUCAAAAAGGAGAAACAUCCUCUCCUUGUUAGACACAUGCCAGUGAUGAUGGCCAAGCAACAGGAGUUUAAGAUUGAAUGUGCUGCUUAUAAUCCUGAACCGUACCUCUCUGGUGAAACAGAGUCAGAUUCCUGUGCCAUGGAACAUGGUUUUCUUUGGAUUGGCAGUUGUACUAAUCAGAUGGGCCAGAUUGCAAUAGUCUCAUUUCAAAGCUCCGGCCCCAAGGUUAUUGAAUGUUUCAAUGUGGAAUCACGGAUUCUCUGCAUGGUCUACAUACCAGAGGAGGAGAAACUGAAAGAGCAAAAUAAGGCUCUCGACUCUGAAAAUGUUCUUGCAAAAGCUUCUACUGUGCCUACUAUUUGCCUUGGCAUGGAAGAAGGAAGCAUUUCUAUUUACAAAAGUUGCCAAGGCUCAAAGAAAAUUCGACUUCAACACUUCUUCACUCCUGAAAAAUCAACUGUUAUGAGCUUAACAUAUAUGUCUCAAUACUUGUUUGCUGGCUUGGUAAAUGGAAACAUCUCAAUCUACACCAAAGCAGAAGAUGGAACAUGGAACACGGAACCUCAGAAGAUAGUUAAACUGGGGGUUCUGCCUGUUAGAAGUCUGCUUGUGAUGGAGGAGACCAUUUGGGCUGCAUGUGGUGGACAAAUUUUUAUAAUCAGCACUGUGACACAUUCCAUAGAGAGCCAUUUUGAAGCCCAUCAAGAGGAAGGUAUGGUAAUCUCUCACAUGGCUGUUGCUGGAGUGGGAAUCUGGAUUGCCUUCACAUCUGGAUCUACGCUUCGCCUGUUCCACACUGAGACACUGAAGCACCUCCAGGAUAUUAACAUUGCCACGCCUGUUCACAACAUGUUGCCAGGGCAGCAGCGUGUCUCUGUGACCAGCCUCCUGGUGUGCCAUGGUUUAUUGCUGGUUGGAACAAACCUGGGUAUAAUAGUAGCAUUGCCGGUGCCACGCUUGCAGGGGAUUCCCAAAGUGACUGGAAGAGGAAUGGUGUCGUAUCAUGCACACAAUGGCCCAGUCAAGUUUCUUGUAAUGGCAACAUCUAUAAACAAGAAGAACAAAAACAAAUUGAGGAACAGCCUGCCUCCUGGCUCAGAACCUAAAGACGACGACCAAAAGAACGUUCUACACAAUGAAAGACCGGGCUCUUCCCUUAGCAACACCCAUGACACCGCAAUUUGGCUGGGGGGGUCAGUAGGAUCCAUUGCACAAAAAAGUGACUUGUCGUCAUCUUCUGGAUCCCUUACUUUGUCACACGGAUCGAGUUCCCUAGAGCAUAGGCCAGAGGACAGUAACAUUUAUGAGCUUUUGAAGGACCAGAAUAUCUCAGUAAAAAGUAAAAGACAGAGAUCCAAGAAAAUGAAAGCAAGUUCAGUAUUACUCAUUUCUGGUGGCCAAGGACACAGAAGAGUGAACAAGAAGACCAAGCAGCAGCGACAAGAUGAACUAGUGUCUUCAGUGAUGGUCUGGCAAAUCCCACUAUUAAAUAUCUAACUGAACUAAAUCCCUAGAUACUUUCUGCUAUUAAAAAAGAAAAAAAAAAAGUCUGAUAUCCUUUUACAGCAAAUGUCAGUUUAGGACCCAAAUGGAUAGACUUUAUACACCUGGGAGCAAUUUCACUAGGCUUUGGUCACAGGAGUAAGGGUUGCAAGACAGAGUCUUAGAACAAAAAGGACCUGUUAGACACUUUUAAAUGGGUUUAGAAUCUUACCUUAUUUAUAUUCACAUUUAUAAAUAUCACAAUUAUAUUCUAUAGCACUUAGGGAAGGCAAGGAACACAUGCCAUGUCUCAUGCUGAUUUUUGCUUAUGUAAAUCAGCUGUUGUUUCUUUUUUUCCAAAGUGACAUAUUGCAUGGACUGUAGAUUUUAACAAAUUAGCAAAUAUUUUUAAACAAUAGUCUAAUGCAAGCUAAUAUUAAUUUGAUAAUUACUAUAAUAGUUUGUGACAUCAUUCCACAAGCCAGAGUUUGGUCUGGACAAAAGCAGUUAUAUUAAUUGACUGGUAUUUGUUUAAUUCAACAUAGCAAAUAGAUUUUUAUUUUAUUAUUAUUUCUAAUGCUCAGUAUUACUAAAAAUGUUGCAGUACAAAAAGUACGUUAAUUUUCUUGGUAAGUGCAAUGUGUCUGUGACUCGCCUUCAUCAUACAGAGAAAGCUGUAAGGAUGCUCUGGCUUAGGGCAAAUAGAAAAUACAGAUGCAGGACAGCUGUGCGUUGCAGUGCUGCUAUCGCAUUCUCCCCCUGGCAACUCAGGAUCAAAGCCUGGCAUGGACUGUGCCAUUUUUAAGGUGGCAUGCACGUCCAGUAAAUUAAUAAUGAAAUUAUUAACUAAAUCAUUAAUUGGGGAGAAAUAUACUAAUAUUGGAAUAUCCAUAGGAAGUACAGGUAACCACUGUGGAUAUAGAUCAUACAUCAGUUGAUUUGUGCUGUGUCCUCAGGCAAACUCCUAUCAACGUCACAGCGCAACAGCAACAGCGGAGAUAUGGUCACAUCAGAGUGGUGGUCACCUCUUUUCAGCCAGACUUUUGGCAAAGCAUGGUCUUGUAAAUGGAUACUGUGAAAAUAGUGUGCACAGCUUCAUUCACCCAGUCAGGCAUGCGGUUGCUGGGGUGGUGUAAGAGGCCUGAAUUCUAAAUAGAGACCUAAUUGUCGUUUCUUAAUGAUGUACUUCCAAAGGAAACUUGGAAUUUGGGAUUCCUACUAAAAUUGCUUUUUGUGCUAGUCUCUGCACAUGUGAAAUAUAAGACAAAGCCUUCAGCUCAGAAAGACAUUGCGAAAAAUGGUGAUGAGACAUGUCCUUCAGUCAAAAUAUGUUUAAUACAGAAAACAUGUUGAAUGGAGUCACUGGGAACAUCCUUGUCCCUUGUCAAUAGACUGAAAGAUGCAGAGAAAUUAGGACGGUUAAAUUUCAGUUGAGUAUGUUAAGAACUCUAAUACUGUCCAUCAGUUCAGUAAAAUGCAAAUUAAAUAUAUCUGAAGCAGAACAUUUGUCAGAUGUAUGCAUUGACUAGAAUCAAGUAAAACUUUUGGCUACUUUGGUGCUGUUAUUAUCCCAGUAAGGGGGUGGUUUGCCCUGAAAUUAUUUCAGCUACUUCUAAUACAAACUCCUUGAUUCCACCAUGUUUUGUUUCAAUCUUCCUAGUUUAAAUCAACAUCAACCAUAAUUACAGUGUUUCCCAGCACAUGACAUUUCAAGGUAAACAGCAGUAGAGACUGAAUUAUUUUGUUCGAUGUAAGAUAAAGCCUGUAUUUGUGCUUGGGUUUGCCCUGGACAGACAUUUCAGUCUGUCUGCUCUAAGAAGCAAACCUCUGUCAGGGUGACCCCAAAAUUAGUGUGUGGGCUGACUGACCAAGUUUGACAGAGCACCGAGGUAACAUCAGGUCUUCCCUGCCACCUGCCACCAAGUACAUGGGACAGAAGGAAUGCCAGUGCAGUCAGUCUUUGCCUGCUAAGCGGCACCAAAAUAGGCAUUUCAGAAAUGCUACAAUAGCACGGACUUCAGUGAGUCACGAAGGACACUUGUCACAGAUGGGCUUGUAGGCUUGGGGUCUUCGUUGCUGUUCUGUGCUUUUAUUCUGUGUCUUUCGCUGUGUAUCUUGCAACUUUAGUUGGGUGUUGUCAGCAUUGGCAUGGGCUUAGUGUUGGCAUGAGUCCUGGUGCAAAAAAAAAAAAAAAAAAAAAGCAGAGUGCCUCUAAGCCAGACAUUUUCCCAGACUUUUCCUCUUCUCCCUGGCCUGCUGCCUGGGCUUGCCUUGCCUGGCCUGAGGGACCAAGGCCAGUUGCAUUUUCUACCCUCUUCCAUAGCUAUGGCCCUGGGAGCUGCUCUUUGCCCACUGUGUGGAAGUACUACAUUGUACAGUUUAAUGUAUGUAUAUUGAAAAACAAGUUAAAAGAUUCUUCUGUGUAUAAAGCAUAUAUAACCUAGUAUCCCUUUGCUACACUGCAGUAAAAAGACCACAGGUUUUAUUCUGCGUGCUCCUUGGGUGUGGGAUUCCACAUCUGUGCCCUCAGGACUGGAGGAUCACGUCCAUUCUUGUGGAUUUUUAUCACUAGGAGCAGUAAGCAGAGUCAACUGGAAAUCCAUGCAUGGCCAUAUUGCAGGAUCUGCUAGCAGUAAUGCAUGAGAGUUUUGAAGUGAAAGUCUAUCUUUCAGCUGAAACAAGACGGUAGAAACAAAGUACAAAUCUGCUCUUCUGAAAGUACAUCGGAGUUUUGCCAGUGACUUCAGUAAGAACAGAACUGGGUCCCUCAUUUACAUCAUACUAUUUUGAAAAUACGUAUCUAUUUAUCUUACUAAGCUGUAAAGCAAAAGAGAAGCUGUAUGUCUGUCUUUAGAAAUACACGUUGUCAUGAACUAGGCUUUUAGUAGCUAACUGAGCACAGGAUGCAACGUUCGCUUUCUGAUACGCAGCUAACUGGCAUUGCCUUACUAUGAAAAUGGGCAGGAACCAAAGUUUCUCUUACAGCUGGCAAAUAGUCUUUAUAGCUGUUGUAGACUCUGCUGCUAGGUAAGUUGGAUUUUGCUUUCUGAUACUGCUUUUCCAGAUUAAUAGAAGUUAACAGAAAAUGUUAUGAAAAGAGGGGAGCAAGUGUAACCACUAUGAUAUAUUCUAUGUAUGUUUUCUAACACAUAGUAGUGCCUUUUAUAACAAGCUGUAAAACUUGUGUAUUUAUGUGCAAAGUAUAAGCUGAGAAGAAUGUUUAAUAAAAAAUGUGAUA